AUGACUGAUGCAUUAGAAGUACCCAAAUUGAAACUCAAUAAUGGAAAAAUGAUGCCAGCUAUUGCCUUAGGUACCUAUUUAGGAUUCGGUCAGAAUGGUACUAUAAAAUCGCAAAACAAGAAGUUGCGGAAUGUGGUAAUGCGCGCCAUAGAUAUCGGAUACAGGCAUUUUGAUACUGCCUUUAUUUAUGAAACGGAAGAGGAGAUUGGAGAAGCAAUCCGCAUGAAGAUAGAUGAAGGCGUUGUUAAAAGAGAUGACAUUUUUGUAACUACAAAGCUGUGGAAUACACAUCACAAGAGGGAACAAGUACCGCUAGUGUUAAAGCAGACUCUGGAUAUAAUGGGUUUAAAUUACGUUGACUUAUAUUUAAUGCAUUGGCCGAUUGGUUUAAACGAAGAUUACACUUUCUCCAAUGUCGAUUUCAUGGAAACCUGGCGAGGGAUGGAAGAUGCUCAGAGACUUGGUCUAACAAAAGCUAUAGGCGUCUCCAACUUCAAUGCUGAGCAGUUAAAGAGAGUUAUUGAAGAAGGAAGUAUAAAACCCGCCGCUAUUCAAAUUGAGAUUCAUCCACAGAUUACACAAGCUGACUUGAUCGAGUAUGCCAGGUCGGAAGGCAUAGUGGUAAUGGGUUAUAGUCCAUUUGGCUCUCUGGUUAUGAGAUUCGGCAUGCAAUUCCCGGGUCCCAAAAUGGAUGAUCCGGUUUUGGUAGAAAUUGCAAGAAAAUAUAACAAAACGACAGCGCAAGUUAUAUUAAGAUGGCAGGUUGACAGAAAUGUGGUACCAGUGCCAAAGACGGUGAACUACGAACGAUUGAAGGAAAAUAUUGAUAUUUUCGAUUUUAAAUUAGAACAGCAAGAAAUUGAUAAAAUAAACCAAUAUGAUAGUCAUGUCAGAUAUACCUUCCCGACCUUUUGGCAGACUCAUCCGUAUUAUCCAUUUGAAAAGGUCGAUAAUCCUCUAUCAGAUCCUUUUAUCGGAAGAAAAGUUAACUCGUUUAGUAAUACGAAAUCGUAA